AUGCUCGUGUACGGCGCGUCGUGUCCUUUUUUUCACCGUAGUACGACUGCUGCAGCUUUGCUAAAAGUGAAAACUAAACAGUUAGGACUUAAAACUGUUAAGUUACUGCAAGAUGUACCUACACGGUGGAAUUCUGCGUGUGAUAUGCUGGAGAGGUUUCUUGAACUGCAGCCCGUAAUCUACGCUGUACUAGUGGCUAAAGAAAUUCGUAGAAAUGUGAAUGACAUAUCAACAUUAUCUGAGGCAAAUAUCACGAUAGCAGAGGACAGUGUGGCGUGCCUUCUUCCACUGAAAGCAAUUAUAACUGUAUUAUGCACAGAGAAGAUGCCUACUGUAGCUAUCAUUCUUCCACUCCAGAGGAAAUUGUUGACAAGUGUUCUGGUUUCUAAAGAGAUGGAUUCUGAUGUUAUUAAACAGAUGAAGAAGGCCAUGGCUUCUGAUCUGGAUAGCAGGUAUGCCAAUAAGCAGGUGUUUCUGCAGGAGUGUACUGUUUUGGAUCCUCGCUUUAAAGCAUCCUGUGUCACUACAGAGCAGCAACAUGAGGUGUAUGACAGACUUGCUACCGAAGCAGCUUGUUUGAAGCUACAACCUCAGUUACCUGUAUCGGUAGAACCGAGCACAUCAACCCCAACAGUUACUGACCUACCGACGUUACCAGGCUUGCCAGAUGUUGAAUCAACUGAUUUACAGUCCGAUGUCAGACUAGUAGAUGAUGUCAAGUCUGUCACUGCAAUCACGACAAAGAUUACUAAUGACCUCACUACUCAGUCUGGUUGUGCUAGUGGUGGUGGUAUAGCCUCUAUUUUGGGUGAUGUUGUUUUUAUAAAGGAGGAGAUGUUACCCCAGAAAUCCAAUUUGGCACAGGCUAUAUUUGAGAUUGAUGUGUUCAAGGGACAGGCACUAAUACCAGUGUCAGAAGACCCAUUGGUAUGGUGGAAAGGACACCAAUGGCAGUUUCCCCUUCUCUCCCAGUUAGCAAAGAAAUGGCUGUGUAUUCCAGCGACCUCGGUACCACCCGAGCGUGUAUUCAGUACAGCUGGGGACAUUGUAACAGCACAGAGGGCCGUACUCAAUCUUGAAGUAGUAGACAUGUUGAUUUUCUUGAAAAAAUAA